AUUUCCCCUGAAUCCACCAUAUGAAAAGCAGUGAGACAUUAGUAGAUCAUUGUUGCAUUGUAGAACACGAGAAACUAAAUGUUGUUCACCUGUAAGUAUCAAACAUGACUAUGCAGGAAUUACAAUAAAAAGCUGACAUGACUUUAAGGACCUUGCACCAUCAGUGCAAGAUAAUGUACACCAGAAAAAAUAUUCCAAUUGAUCAAGCUGCUGGUGAACAAUCAUUUUUUCUGUGAAAUGUGUGUACAAGAUGACAUUACUUUAUCAGGACUCAAUAGCAGGCAAGAGUUCUAAAACACUUCAAACUGCUUGAACAUUAACGCAUCUUAUUCAUACUAAAAGGUCUCAAUAAUAUUUUGUAUGUUUUCUUGGAUUUUAUGAUUUCUUGAAUCAAUACAACUGCAGCAUUAUAAUAUCAGCAUAUCAGUAAGAGAUUGAUUUGAUCUCAUAACCAGGACCGUCUCUGCCCCAUUUUUCGCCAUAGUAGGCCGGGAAAAAACCAGACUACUCUCAACAAACCAACAGUGCGGAGUUGACAAGUACAACUACGUCAGUAAGGUCCGAAAAGAUAUCAUGUUAUGGACCCAUUUCGUCAGAAGUUCGGGAUAGGGUCGUAAACAGCUGAGCAGGAACUCGCAUAGGCCUUUGUUGAGGUCAAGUUGGUUGUCGCAGCACCCUACUGGAUUUGGUUGUGACUGAAAAUGCAGAACACCACGUGCACCGAGGACCGGAUCCAGCACGCCUUGGAGAGAUGCCUGGACGGCCUCGGCCACAUCAACGACAUGCCUCAACCAUGGAACGUUGGAUGGUGUAUGAAUCGAUGGAGUUUGGGAGAGCUGGUGAAAAGGGAUCCAGAGAACUUCAUCAUCCUCUUGCAACAGAUUCUGAGGAAGGCCAGAGAGGUCCAGGAGCUGUGUCAGUAUGAGCUGGUAGCUCCCCUUGCCCUCAUGUUCACCUCCACGCUCCAGCAGACGCCGUUCUGCCCCCCUGAUGGGCUGCUAUUACUGGAGGCAUGCGAGGUGUUCCAUGGUUUCCUGACCUGGCCAGAGCCCUACUGCGGAGUGUGUUCCAGCCUGUUGUCCACGCUCCAGCAGGAACUCAGAGCCCCAGGGAUCUCAUACCACAGGCUGGUGAGGGAGGAACAGGGCCUCACCACCUCCAAGCAUUACGCAAAGACCAUCACGGUGCUGUUGAUGAACCCCGCCGAGGUUCCCACGGAGUUCCUGUCGGUGGCCGAGCAGCUCAGCAACAUCCAGCUCACCCGCAGAGACGUGUGCAUCUCCCUCAUCAAACACGCCUACCAGUCCAGCCUGGGCACCAAGUACCCCCUGCCCAGUGUCCAGAAGAGCCUACAGGCCGCCAGCGUGGGGGACCUGGAGAAAGCCUUCUCCACGGUGACAAAGCUCUUAGAGACGGCUGGGUGCAUGACGGACCCUCGGAAGGCCAGAGUGUGUUUGGCUCAGGGCCUGGAGGAGCUAAGGGAGAAACUGGCCAUCCCAGCUUCCAAUGGCAAGAAAUCAGAUGGCAUGUUACAGACUAUCCCUGUCCCUUCGGCCAAAUGCUACAUGUUCCACUGGGAUAAGGACAAUUUUGAUGUUCUCAACAACAUCCCAGAGACGGAGUAUGUAAUGUCUGCUCUUCAGUCCUUAUCCGGCCGGGAAGAAGAUGAGGAAGAGGAUCAGUAUGUAGAGGAAGAAGACGAGGACCUGGAAGAGCCAGAGGCCUUCAUAAGUAAUGGCUGCACGCUUAGGGACUACCGUGACUCCACCAUCUCCACCGCCUCCAAGGACUCCAUGUUCUCCACCCUGUCGAUGGCCUCGUCCGGGUGCUCGCCCUCCAGCCUCAACCUCAGCCAAUCAGCCGCCGGCCUCUCCUCCUCGGGCCCCGACAGCGACUUCUGCGAGGAGGCGGAGGAGGACGGCCCCUCCGAGCGGAGCCCCACCUCCACGUUACCGCCGGGCUCCAGCCCCGGUGCCAAGGCCAAGCCGUCCGCCCGCAAGCGCUUCUCCAGCCUCUUCAAGUCGCGCAGCAGCAACUCGCUGUGCCGCGCCAAGAGCCUGGGCAGCCCCGACGCCCGCGAGAUGACGGCCAGCGUGCGCUCCAAGCGCUCCAACUCGCUGCCGCAGCAGGUGCAGCUGCGCGGCUCUUACCUGUCGGCGGCGUCGACGUCGCCGGCCGAGGCCGUCGGGCCGCACCUGCGCCACGUCUGCUUCCGCCGGCGGCCCAUCCUCAGCAGCGACGAGGAGGAGGAGGGCGACGGCGAGGUCACCCAGCUCAGGGUGGUGGUGUUCGGGGCGGACCACGUGGCGGGCAGGGUGGCGCGAGCGUACAGCAGCCUGCGGCGGAGGGAGAGCAGGAGCCCGCGCCUGUGCAGGGCAUUCAAGAUGCGCUUCUUCUUCGUGCCGGUCAGGAGGGACGCGGGAGCGACCGCGGUCACGUCUCUGUCAGCGUCCAGGACGACCAGCCCGGCUGUGCAGCAGCUCUCCGUCAGCCCACUGAGAACAGCCCUCUCUAAUAUGGACCUGAGUCUGUCUGCUCCAGAGGACAGCACUAAUGAUAUUGCUCAGCUCCUGGGCAUGCUGGACCCCUGGUAUGAGCGGAACACACUCAGCCUGCUCGACCUGCCCGUCAAUGUGGUGUGCCAGCAAACGUCAAAGAUAGACUCGGAAUUGUACGAUGAUUCCCUUGAGGAGCGCUUGCCUAUCCUAGCAGACCUGGUGCUCUACUACUGCCGACAGGCCGCUCGGCCAGCUCUGAUUCAGCUCUACCAGGCAGAGCUGACAUUAGCUGGCGGGGAGAAGCGGAAUGAGGUCUUCAUUCAUUCCCUGGAACUGGGCCACACAGCUGGGACGCGUGCGAUCAAGGCCAUGGGUGCUGCAAGCAAAAGGUUUGGGAUCGACGGGGACCGUGAAGCAGUGCCUCUGAAACUAGACGUUACAUACAACCGGGUUGUCAUUAGCAGCAGAUCUCAUUCCACCAGAGCAGAGAAGGUGUGCACAUCCAUCAACCUGACAAAAGCCUGCAAGAGCCUAGAGGAACUAGACUCUAAAAUGGAGUGCCUGCAGCUGACUAUGACAGAAGUGCUUAAGAGGCAAAACUCCAAAUCGAAGAAGGGCUACAAUCAGCAACUCACCACUACUAAAGUCAAAGUGGACAGGGUGCAGGUGGUUGGCGCCAGCAGCACCACAUUUGCUGUGUGUCUGGACCAGGAUGAGAAGAAGAUCCUCCAGAGUGUCACCAGGUGUGAGGUGUCUGUGUGCUACAAGUCGGACAGCUCGGCGGACUGGUCCCGCGGGCGGAUGCUGUCUUCUCAGAUCCAGCCUCUCCACCCCACCUUCUGCUCCCUCCUCUGCCUGCCCGUCUCCACCUUCAGUGGGCCUCAGCCCUGACGGCCUCCCUCACACUGACACGCAUGGACCAGCGCUGGCUCCAGCCCUGCCUCCCAGGAUACUCACUAGCAGAGGAUGACUUUAUGGGAGUGGAUAUUUUAUCUGGGGAGGGGGGAGCAGACAUUUGCCUAUGUAAAUAGAACAGGAUUAAAAUGUAUAUAUGUUGUAUGAUCUUUAGAUCCUGAGAGAUUUGAUGAGAGAAACUGGCAAGCGGAGCAUUUUAAGACACUUUUGACAAAUGUUUGUAUCCAUGACAUACUGUAUUUAUUUGAUUCAGGUUUAAAUGCUACGGGUCAUUUUCUACCCACUAGUAGUCCCUUUGUUUUUCCAGCAGAGGGCGCUAGUUCAUUGCACUGAGCUGAGAUGAGUCCUAUUUGAUGCCUCUCACAUGGAAAUUGAAGACACGAAAAUCAACUGCAUGAACAGAUCGCAAGGUGCUGUCUUGUGAUGUGCAGUAACUAAAAACAAUGACCUGGAGCUACUAAAUAACUGCCAGCACUUACAGAGCCACAACUGUGAAAUGGACCUACGCAUGUUAGUACUCUACUGGUGUCUGGAAAGACACUGGGAAACACCUUUAUGAAGUGAUCUGUGGGAAUCACUCCUCUGAUAUGGAAACUUUAAAAUAUGUUCAGGGAUGAUCAACAGUGUAAAUAACAGUUUAAUAACAUUUUUAGAUACAUCUUACAAGUUUCUUUUAAUGUCUAAUCUGUCUGUCAAAUGAAACAUACUGUAGAUAGUAAUCAAGACCACAAAUUGUUGAGAUUUGGACCCCUCUGCAUUUGUGGUAUUAAGUUUUAAUUACGCUUAUAUCCAGAUCUAUUUCUAUCCGAUCGAAGCUAAUGUUAACCUUUUGGAUUUACAAGCGCUUGAAUCUGUUGCACAUUUUACAAUAUAAAAUACUCAUAAAUGUUACCUAAUCUUUCGUCAUUAAUAUGGUACAUUUCACUGUCUGUUCAGAUUGAUCACUGUCAGACAACAUGGUACAUGAUUUACUGUAAAUAUCAUAUUAUUUCUUUUAUUUUCUAAAUGUAUUUGUGAUGUUAUUUGUAAAAUGUCAUGUAUAAUAUAUUAAUUAAAACAUUUAUCCACAGUCUUUUAUUCAGCUUGCCAAUACAUUUAGUUUUAGGAUAAUACUAUUUAAUGCAUUAUCAUUGUUUCUUCUAAGAAGUGUGGAUGAGAUUUGUUAUGAUGCAGCUAGAAGGUAAAUAAUCCCAGGCCUGUC